AUGCCCAUGUCGUUGUCCAACCUGGAUGAGCUUCACAGCCUGAAGGUGGACGGCUUCUUCCCCGAGACUCGGAAAGACGAGGUCUGGGACUUCUUUCGGAAGUGCGGCCGCAUCGGUGAUGUGUAUUUGCCCAGGGACCACGUCACCCAAAAGAACCGGGGCUUUGCCUUCGUGCGCUUCUAUGAUAAGCGGGAUGCGGAGAUGUGCGUCCAGGACAUGGAUGGCCAGAUGUUCCAGGGCUCCAAACUGCGGGUGAACUUUGCGCAGGUGGCUAGAGGCACUGAUCCGCCUGCCCGCCAGCCCUCACGGCCGCAACGGGGCAGAUCCAACUCUCGGUCUCGAAGCCGCAGCCGACGCAGACGGCCAUCCAGCCGGAGCCAAAGCAAGCCAAAGAAAAGGGGAAAGAGACGACGGAGUCCAAGUUCCAGAAGUGACUCGAGGGUCAGAUCCAGAAGUUUGAGCCCAAGAUUCGGCCCAGGCCCGUCCAGUCCGCACGAAGCGUGCCCAGGUGCAAGAAGGCGAGAUGCCAGUCGAUCACGAGACUAA